AUGAGUGAGGGCAAUUACGGGGCGGACCUGUUCAUGAACCAUACGUACAAGGCGUUGAGGGUGAUUGGGCAAGGGUAUAAUUUGCUGUAUACCGUGUGGUGUUCGGGCGAGAGGGAGCUGUAUGACUUGAUUGCGGACCCAUACGCCCUCGACAACAUCCACCCACCGAUGCAGCCAAUGACCAACAACAACAUCACCGGCCGACGCAGCUUUCUCAACGACUCGCUCAGCAACAACACCAUAGACUUCCACACCGAAACCCCACCAUCCCCCCUCGCCGCCGACCUACAUGCCCCGCCAACAUACUUCUCCUCCCAAGCAACCACCCUAACGAAGUCCAACCUUCCGCUCGAAGUUCCCAUCGAACGCCUCCUCCAACGCCUCAACGCCCUCCUCGCCCUCCUCAAAACCUGCAAAGGGUGCGCCUGCACGCACCCCUGGGAGUUCCUCUGUCCUUACCCGCAUUGCUCUCCCUUCCCACCAUUAUGCCCGACCUCUCCAUCAUUUCCAUCUCCGGCCAUCAACUCCACUGGACCCGCAGACAAACCCGUGGCAGGCGCGGCUAAUCCUCCUAACGCAAUCCGAAACCUCCGUGAGGCGCUAGAUCCGUUCUGGGACAAUUGGUUCGACAGCACCACGGAAGACUGGGCGUUUUCGUGGUGCGAGCUGGGGUAUAUUGCCGCGGCGGAGAUGGGGGGCCCUUGGGGUUCGGGCGCGGCGAUGGGGCUGGAAGUUGAUGUGGGUGCUCUUGAACGGGAGGGGAAUGGUGGGGUAGGAGGACAAGGACUGGAGGUGGAGGAAGGGAAGGGGAGUGCGGAUGUGGUGAGGACGGAACUCUGA